CGUCUGUGGAAAGUCCCAAACUCUUCAAGUUAUUUGACUUGUGUAAUUUAUCGUUAAUGGCACACAGUGGUAACGUUAUUAAAGCUUAGGGUUGGAUUCCGCCAGUUAUUGAACAGAAAGCCAGUAUAAAACAUCGUGCAUUAUUUAAGUUUGCUUCCGGGCUGUUAUCGACUCAUUAUAGCUAGGUCUCUUCAACACUGAAGCAAAGGAAUACGUCCUACCAAACCCAACCAAAUCUUUCUGUUUAAGAGCAUAUUUUCAUUUUAUAAUAAUAUUAAAUCUUUUGUUAUGGAACACUAAACACCAACCAGAGGGAUGUCCAGCAGGGAGAAGGGCUUAGCACAUCUAGGGAGUUGAUUACCAUUUAGUUGUGUUUAACUUGGAUUAAGUAUUGCCUUUAACACAUCAUGGCUUGUUUAAAGACUAGAUUUUUCAUGUAUGGUUUUAUCAUAUUUGUCAGUGAUCCAGGCUGAAUGCAUAUAGAGAACAUGGGUCAUCAAGGUUUUGUUUAAUUUAUGUUUAUUCACAUUCUGGUAGAGGUGUUCACUUUUUUCUGAGAGUUCCAUUUUGUCUGCAUCAGUUAUGUUUUAGAAGGCAUGUGGGCAGAUUAUACUUUUUCCAUCAGGUAAUGGCAUUUGAAUCUUUGGAUUAUUUGUUAGCGUUCACCUGCUUAUGUUUUGUGUUUAACAUGCAUCAUAAAAAUAACUGUGUUAAAUCAAAAUGGGUUGUUUAUCAGGCAAGAGAGUUAGAAAGCAGUUCUAGUGGUUACCAUGUGGUGACUAGACUGAUCUUGUGUGACUUUGGGUCACAAGUGUCUGUGGUUGCAUAAGCUUUGGUCAUUUCUUUUUUUUUUUCCUAGUCAUCCUGAGUUUAGCAUACUCACACAAGUUUUAGGCCCCAGAUGUGCACUUCCAAGGCCUUUCUCCCUGAAGGACAUCCCUCUUUUCUUUCUUACAAUGGAAAUCCUCCAGAAUAGUUCUUUCCUAAGAGGUCUGUGCCGUAAUAGUGCCCCAGCAGACCUACAGUAUGAUAACACAAGUGAACUUUUUCGCAUUUCUACCUUUGCGAAGUUCCCCGCCACUGUGUCUGUGACAGAAAGAAGUCUUGCACGUGCAGGGUUUUAUUACACUGGCAUCGGUGAUCGGGUUCAGUGUUUCCGCUGCAACGUGACUGCUGAGAAUUGGCAGUCGGGGGAAUGCCCAGCAGAGAGACACAAGCAGCUGUCUCCUACCUGCAGCUUUAUUCAGAGCCUACCUUCUACAGCCAACCUACUGUCGUCCUCCCAUUCAGCCUUCUCUCCCUUGCGCAAUGUUGCUGUCCUGCAAAUAAACGCUCCUGCUUCAGCUGUGGCAGGAACAGCAGCUGCCAUUGCUUCAACUCCAGGUCAGACUGACGAGCAGGUUGGUUACUUCAACAUGGGCUUCAGCAACCUUGCCCCCUCCAGCCCCCUCUCCUCUCGUGGGGUAGAGGAUCUGUCCCAUCAGCGACCUCCUGCCUGCCAUAAUCCCAGCAUGCGUCGGGAGCAGGAUCGUUUAGACACCUUUCAGAAUUGGGCCCUCACUACAGUCACCCCUGCUGAGCUUGCAAAGGCUGGUUUCUAUUAUCUUGGCCAGGGGGACAGAGUGGCUUGCUUCAGCUGUGGAGGGCAGCUCAGCAACUGGGAGCCUGGAGAUAGGGCAGUAACUGAACACCAGAGGCACUACCCAAACUGCCGCUUUGUUAGAGGUGACAGAGCAGAUAAUGUUUCUAUUGCCAUCGGUGGUGGACUGGCUAAUGUGUCCAACCCUGCAAUGCAACAGUGUGAAGAGAGGCUGCUUACAUUUGUCAACUGGCCUGCAAGAAUACCUGUCCGACCAGACCAACUAGCCAAAGCUGGCUUUUAUUAUGUUGGUCGCAAUGAUGAUGUAAAGUGCUUUUGCUGUGAUGGAGGACUCAGAUGCUGGGAAUCUGGUGAUGAUCCAUGGGUAGAACAUGCCAAAUGGUUCCCGAGGUGUGAGUAUCUUUUGCAAGAGAAGGGACAAGAGUUUGUCCAUCAGAUACAAGCAAGAUUUCCAAGAUUGUUUGAACAGCUGUUGAAUAAUGGAGAUAACUCCUCAAGAGAAUUUGUUGAUCCACCUGUUGUACAUUUGGGUCCAGGAGAAGAGCAUUCUGAAGAUGCUGUAAUGAUGAACACACCUGUAGUGAAGUCGGCCUUAGAGAUGGGUUUUGAACGCAGUUUAGUGAAGCAGACUGUUCAGAGUAAAAUUCUCACCAGUGGAGAAAACUACAAGACCGUGCAGGAACUAGUGUGUGAUCUUCUAAGUGCAGAGGAUGAGAAAAGGGAGGAGGAGCGAGAACUUUUUGCAGAGGAAAUGGCUUCAGAUGGAUUUACUUUUCUCAAAAAGCAUCAUGCUGCGUUGACGCAACGUUUGAAAAGUGUUCAGAGCCUAAUGGACCAUCUCCUGGAAGAGAAUGUCAUUUCACAGAAGGAAUAUGACACCAUACGUAACUGCACUUCAGUCAAACAGCAAACUGGCCAACUUAUCGAUUUGGUCUUAUCAAAAGGGAAUGCAGCAGCAGAGGUCUUCCGCAACUGGAUCAAAAAGAAUGACGUGUACCUCUUAAGAGAGUUGAUGGCCCAGGCAAAUGAAGCUGCAUCGCCGAGUCAAGAUCUUUCAGACCUGCCCAUGGAGGAACAGUUGAGGAGGCUUCAGGAGGAACGCACUUGCAAAGUAUGCAUGGAUAAAGAGGUCAACAUUGUCUUCAUUCCAUGUGGACACUUGGUGGUUUGCAAAGAAUGUGCUCCUUCACUACGCAAGUGUCCAAUAUGUAGAGGUUUGGUGAAAGGCACUGUCCGCACCUUUUUGUCAUAAUGAUAAAUACCAUACUGUUUGCGUGGCGUAUUUAAUUGCCCUCUUUAGGUUUUUCCUCAGUAACUAGAAAAGUUAAAUUCAGUGUGAAUAUUAAAGAGUUUGAUAUUGACUGUUGCCUGUAGAGUCGUAACUUUAAUGUAGUGUCAAAUUGGGUGCAUUUUCAAGUAGUGAAAUGCCUUAGUAAAGCCCAAUACAUGUAACAGUUUAUGAUUAUUAAAGUCCAUGAAAUUG